AUGAUCCCCAUCAUCCCCGCUCAGGAUCUCGAAGCCUACCCUUCGUUCGCGACCACGUGGGCGCAUGUCACUGCCGAGUUGCUCGAGACGGACGGGUCGAGUAGGCGGGCGAAUGAAGGUCGAGCUCGAGCGCGUUCUUGGGAGGGGAGCGUUCGUGGGUGGCAUGAUUUUGUGCCUGGCCGGGAAGGAGGAGAUGGAGAUGGACACCGAGACCGAGACCGAGACCGAGACGGGAGAAGAGAAUAUGGGCAGCAGGAGGAGCAGGCAGGAGAGGGUGACGGGAGUGGCGAGACGCCUUCUCAUGCGGUCCACGGCGGUGAGGAGAAUUCGUCGUCGCCAGCAGGUCUUGAAGAGCUCUUCCGUGCCGAGAGGGUGAGGCGUAUGAAAGAUGGUAUCUUGAGGGAGAUACUCUCGGAGGUUCCAUAUCUGGACGAGGAUGAAGGCGUGGUGGAAGGAAGCAGGUCUUCAGAAAGGUCAAGUCGGAUAACGGUGUCCAUUCCUCUGGGUACGAGGCUGGAGGAGCAUCAGGGUAUCAGGAAUACUGACGCGGGAGAUGAGGCGGUUGAGCAUCCCUCGGUUGCUCCGUAUGGGCAAAGCAAGGGAGGGCUACCACCACGACUACCACCACGAUUACGAGACCUCGUCCUGAUUAUCUCCGCGUCCGUCGACGGCGCUGGGCUGGAUGGGCAGUCUGGAGCCGCUGGCCAAGAAGAAGAUCUUCUCUCCGAGGACAUCAACCUGUUCAGGGCCAACAUUCUACAUAUUGCAGAGGUGGUCUCGUUGCGGGUCAUCGCUGUCGAAUCCUCUCUGACCGCGUUCGCGGACCUCGCUCUGGAAAGAGAAGUGGACUCCCGCAUGGGGCUUUCAUCGCUGUCUUCUUCGCUACAGGUCCAGGUCGAGAAGCUGAACGCUCUGCGCACAAACGCCCUGCCCUCGUCUCUUGCUCGUCUGGCUUCGACGCUACAUUCCCUCCGCACGCUGCAACGCACGCUUCUCCACCUCCAGCUUACGUUCCUUGAGAAGUCGAAACACGGCGUCCUCAGUCGGUAUAACGCGGCGAGGAUUGUCUUUCUGAGCACAGUCGCGCAGACUAUGGCGCUGAAGACGCAGGUUCUCGUACUAGAGGCCCGGAGGGAGGUAGUUACGUCUCCGGAGACCAAACAAAAGAUGGAUCUGGCGAGAGCCAGAUACCAGCAGAUGGAGACGGAGGAAAGGGAAAUGGAUGAACGGAUAAAGACGCUUGAAGAGGUGGUUGGUGAGUAUGAGGGCUUGGAUACCGGUGGUAGAGGUGCCGCCGGGGGUGAGAUAAUGGCAAAGCUUGGAAGGAGGUAUGGAGAGAUAGAAGCGGAGCUGGAGACGGUGAAGAGGGAUAUUGAGAUGUUGGAAAGAGGCAAAGGCUUGAAGUGA